UGACAACGACGGGGUCCGUGUGAACCGGGAGGAGGUGGGGGGCUGUGGUCGAACCCACCGCGACCUGAACAGCACCAGGAGGGAGAGAGAGAGAGAGAGAGAGAGAGAGAAAGAGGAGGGAGGAGAGAGAGCCGCAGCCCGCAGCAGCAGCAGCAGCGCCGCUUUCAGCCUGCAUGGGGCUAGUCCGUUAGCUAGCUUAGCAACCAACCGUCCGCCUCAACCCCCGUGUGUUGUUAUCUCUGCGUGGUUUCCUGCUGUACCGGCUUCAACAUGAUGAAGUUUAGGUUCCGUCGGCAGGGCACCGACCCGCAGAGAGAGAAGAUAAAACAGGAGCUGUUCGCCUUCAACAAGACUGUGGAGCAUGGGUUCCCUCAUCAGCCCAGUGCUUUGGCCUUUGACCCCAAGCUGGAACUUAUGGCCAUCGGGACAAAGUCAGGAGCCAUCAAAGUCUACGGGUCCCCUGGUGUGGAGUUCACAGGACUACACAGAGACACCACUGCUGUCACACAAAUCCACUUCCUGCCCGGACAGGGCCGCCUGCUGUCACUGCUGGAUGACAACACGAUUCACCUGUGGGAGCUGGUGGCCGGGGCCCCUAGAGAGAUCGGAGGGGUGAAGAGAGAAGGCGUGGUCGGUCUACAGGAAGUGGACAGCUACAGCCUCCCAGGAAGACCUGGCAUUGAGAGCUGCAGUGCCACUCGGGUGACUGUCCUCCUCUUGUUGAGGUCAUGCGACCUGCUCUGCAUUGGCACUGAAGGAGGGGGCGUGUACUUCCUGGAGUUGCCCCGCCUAUCACUGAAGGACAACCUGACGCUGCCACAGGAUCAGGUCACGCAGAGCCUGCCAGAUGAUUACAGAUGUGGGAAAUCCUUAGGGCCGGUGGAAUCUCUUCAGGAACAUCCUCAGCAGUCAGGGAAGAUUCUGAUUGGCUACAGCCGGGGCCUGGUGGUCCUCUGGGAUCUGAGAACCCGUCAUGCUGAGCAGCUCUUCCUGGGCAAGCAGCAGCUGGAGAGCCUGGUGUGGGAACGCUCUGGAAACUUAUUUGUCAGUUCCCAUAACGAUGGCGGCUACUCUGUGUGGGCUGUUACUAAUGGCAACACCUACAAUCACCAGCCAGUGUCCUCCACCAUCCCAUAUGGUCCAUUUCCCUGUAAGGCCAUCAAUAAGAUCCUGUGGAGAACAACACCGGCAGGUUCUCCAGUGUUGCUAUACAGCGGCGGGAUGCCCAGAGCCAGCUACGGCGACCGCCACUGUCUGACCAUUCAACAAGACAAAGACCACGUCACUCUGGACUUCACAUCCCGAGUCAUCGACUUCUUCACGGUCCACAGCAUAGAACAGGAGAAAGAGUUUGAUGAGCCGUCUGCAUUGGUAGUGUUACUGGAAGAGGAGCUGGUUGUGAUUGACCUCCAGACCCCCGGGUGGCCCUCGCUGCCCACUCCCUACCUGGCUCCUCUCCACUCCUCAGCCAUCACCUGCUCCUUCCACGUCUCCAGCGUCCCUCCCAAACUCUGGGAGAGGCUGGUCAACGCCGGCAAAGCACAGCAGGGCCGGCAACACGCACACGGGAGUUGGCCCAUUUGUGGAGGGAAAAAUCUGGCUGCUCCACCCAAACAACAAGAGCUGCUAUUGACAGGGCACGAAGACGGCACCGUGCGUUUCUGGGAUGCAUCGGGUGUUGCUCUUACACCGCUGUACAAACUCGGCACAGCCAACGUAUUCCACACCGACUGCGACCCUUGCGACGACCCUCAGGACCCUAGCGACGACCCCGACAUGCAGCAGGAGGAGGAAUGGCCUCCCUUCAGGAAGGUGGGCUGUUUUGACCCGUACAGCGAUGACCCCAGACUGGGCAUCCAGAAGAUCAGCCUGUGCAAAUACAGCAACAAGCUGGUGGUGGCUGGAACUGCUGGACAGGUGAUCGUUCUGGGUUUGAGUGACGAGCGCUCGGAACACUCGGUGGACGUGUCUGUGGUUGACCUGCUGCAGGACAGGGAGGGCUUCACCUGGAAGGGCCACGACAGGCUGGAGCCGCGCCUUAAACCCGCCCCCUUCCCUCCCGGCUUCCAGCCGCUGAUGCUGGUCCAGUGCAUGCCGCCGGCCUCUGUUACGGCGGUCGCUCUGCAUGCCGAGUGGAACCUGAUCUCCUUCGGGACGAGUCAUGGAUUUGGCCUGUUUGACUACCACAGACGAAAUGCUGUGCUGGCCAGGUGUACCUUGCACCCUAAUGACUCCUUGGCGAUGGAGGGACCCCUGUCCAGAGUGAAGUCCUUGAAAAAGUCCUUACGACAGAGCUUCAGACGCAUCCGCAAGAGCAGGGUGUCGGGGAAGAAACGCCCCAUCGCCACACCCACCAGCAAGGUCCAGGAGGCCAACGCUGCUCUCGCGGAGCAGGAGGACGUGGCUCCGAUACAGCGGCGGAUUGAACCCCGGUCAGCAGACGACUCGCUGUCUGGAGUGGUCCGAUGUCUCUGCUUCGCUGACACCUUUUUACGUGACGGUACACACCACGGCGCCACACUAUGGGCGGGCACCAACUCGGGCAGUGUGUACGCCUACGCUCUGGAGGUGCCCGGCGUCGGCUCAGGCCGUGUGUCUGAGCGGGGCGGAGCGGGCGAGAGCAGCGUGUGUGUGGAGGCGGUGUUGGGUAAAGAGAUCCAGCUGAUGCACAGGGCUCCCGUGGUGUCGAUCUCUGUGUUAGACGGCCGGGGGAAACCGCUACCGGACCCGUACGAAGCCUCCCAGGACCUCGCCAUCGCGCCGGACAUGACCAACGCUCACUCUGUCCUCAUCGCCUCAGAGGAACAGCUAAAGGUGUUCUCUCUCCCCAAGGUGAGCGCUAAGACCAAGUUCAAGCUGACGGCGCACGAAGGCUGUCGGGUGAGGAAGGUGGCUCUGGUGGUGUUCAACUCCACAGCUCAGGAAGACUACAGCGAACACACACUGGUCUGUCUGACCAACCUGGGCGACAUGCACCUCUUUAACAUACCUGCCCUACGACCACAGGUGCGCUACGACUGCAUCCGUAAAGAAGACAUCAGCGGCAUCGCAUCCUGCGUCUUCACCAAGAACGGACAGGGGUUUUACCUGAUCUCUCCCUCAGAGUACGAGAGGUUCUCCCUGUCUGCCAAGGUCAUCACUGAACCGCUCUGCUCUGUUCAGCUGGACCGACCGCUAGAGCCCACACCUGCCAGCGAUGGUUCGACGACGCAGCCGCAGGCCAACGGAACCCACAAGAACCAGAUGGGUCAGGCAGAGGGGCAAACAGAAGAGUCUCCGAGCAGCCUGUCCUCUCCCCUCCUGGACACCCCGCUGGACUCCCCCCUCAGCUGUGCUGACCUCACCCUCGACUCCACUGGAGAAAUCACUGUGGAGGACGUCAGGGAUUUUCUAACCACUGUGGACGAGGCAGAGAAUAACCUAAAGAACAUCAAAGAGGAGGAGGGACGCUCGACCGGCAUCCUCAUCAACUGAACAGUAUUACAGGGAGGGGCCCAAGUGGUCUGGAUGGACCAGAUUUCAGUGCUGGAUCACAAACAUCUCCCAUCAUCCCACUGUGGACCCCCCAGCCAGCACUCUGCACUCUCCUGUUUGUCCCCCCCCACUGGAAGAACUACAUCUUCUUCUUAUAUAACCACUUUGGAAACAUGACAUUGCCUCCCACAUGGAGCUGGAGACAGCCUACCUAGCACAGCCUGGAAGGACUAGGAGCUGAUGUUUCUGAUAUUAAGCACUGAAAACUGAACUUUCCGUCGUCCAUCAUGACGCUCUGUGCGAUCAUUCCUCCUUGGCCCCUCAUCCCGUGGUGACUCAAUGGUUAUGGGGCGUUCUCCAGGCAUAAUGACUGCGGCUCAGCCUUCGAGGAGAGGGCAGUUACAUCCUGCAUAGGAGACUUACCAGUGACGUUUUUCAUUUUUCUAUCCAGUUUUUUGGUGUGCUGGGAUCGGUCUGAGGUUUACCAACAGUUGGAACUGAAAUUGUCAGUCGCCAAAUGCGCUUGUUGAUUCCUCGUGCACACUAGUGGAUGCGUUGGAUUGUUUUGCACGCUGCUCAACACCACUGCAGCCCUGUGAAUGACCCACGUUUAUGAAAUGAGGAUAUCCAGCAGAGACUUAAAGGGAGCAUUGUAGAGUUCAAGAGAGUAAGACUGGGAAAUGAAAUAUUUUGAGUAUUGAAGGCUGUAAAAUGUGUGUUCUUACCGUCUUAGGUGCCAUUAAGUGCGGUUGAAUUGCUUCACCUAGUGUCCUGUGUGGGCAGAGGUGGUGCAUAAAUCAACUGUUUUCAAAUCAGUGAGACAACAUGUUAUUACACACAAGCACAUACAUCACCACCAAGGUUUUGAGAAGCGCUCUGUCGGUAUUGAAGAAAAAGGUACUCGGAUAAUGAAGGUGUUUUGUAAAACAAAGAUUGAUGUUCUAUUACAUAGGUUUUGUAAGGCUUUUGGAGAAAGUAAAGAUAUUUUAAUGACAAAUAGAAAGGGGGGAUGCAAGAGGAAAGAAUUCACACCGAUUUCAAAGGGAACUAGCUGGUGAAGAGGGACGCAAAGGCGGCACUAUGUAUUAAGGACUACAGCAGAUAUAGGUGAAAUAAUAUUUUUGAAAUGCCUUUAUUGCAAAAUGCAUGGCCUGAGUUACAAAUACACAUCAUUUGGUAAAAAAUUGAUAAAUUGAGUUUUUAAUCAGGGAAAAUUAGCGACAGCCUGUUUGAAGAGCUCAGAGUUCAUUGUGAUCAAUAUUCUAGUUUGGUAAAAUCAGGAUUGAAGAAAAUAAAAGCGUUCUCAGUAAUUAAAAAUAAAGAGAAGGUAAAGAAUGUGGUAAAAAUGAAGAGUUGUUAAAGCCUCCCCGCUCUGUUACAUCAUCUCACGCAGAAAUCUUUUUGACAGGACUCAGGGAAGUGUGGCAAGGGAAGCAAAGUCAGUCUGAAUGCUAAGUGUAAUGUACUGUGUACUAUGAUGCACCCAGGAGAUUUCUUUUGUGGGUUUCUGUGAAUCGAUGCAUUCUGGGUAAUAUUGGCUAGAUGCAGAGCUUUGAUCACCAGUAUUUUUAACCCUUUUAAAAAAAAGUUUUACUGUGUAAAAAGAAAAAUAUAUACAGUAUCUAUACCUAGGUUUACAGAAGACAGGUUUAAGCCGAUGAUAGAGUAAAACGGUAGAACUUUGUAGAACCUGUCGUAGCCUAAAACACGCGCAGUAUUAUUCAAGCUUUUUGAUCACCUCACGUAAAACAAAAUAAAAAGUAAAAAAGGGACCUCACUACUAACUAAUGUAGCUCAACAGGUAGGAAUCAUAUUAAUGCUUUUUUACUUUUGUGUUAGCUUGUUUUGGUGCUCUGGUUGACACACAGAUAAUUAACCCCUUGAUGCUACAGCUGUCACGAUUUACCUUUUUAAUUCCACAAUUAAGAUGAAUUUGUUUCUACUUUGUCAUUCAGUUUUGUGUGUAGGAUUUUAAUCUGAUCAUUUAGCGUUUUGGCUGAUGAAGAAUUGUGAAUGUUAAUAAAAUUAUUUACCCUCUCUAC